AUGAAGAGCAAAGGAGUCGGUUACAAAAAUACAGACACACGUCAAGCUGAUAAAAAGCGUGUAAAAAAAAUUUUCAGUUUCGCCUUGAGCCUGUUUGCGUUGGUUUACUGUGAGCCACCGGUGCAAGGAUACCACUAUGAGCCGAACAAUUAUCACUCAAACUCAUAUAUUACACCUUCCAAUAGUUACUUGCCUCCAAAAACUAGUUUAAAUUUGCCCAGCAGCUACCUACCACCGAAUUCUUUUACUGGAAGUGGUAAUAAUUUUAACAACCACCAGAACAGUGGUCAUAAUUAUAAUCACCACCAAAACAAUGGUCAUAAUUACGACAAUCACCAGAAUAACGGUCAUAAUUAUGAUCAUCAACACGGUCAUCACGCAAACGAAAAUGAAGUGCCAAAAUCCUACGAGUUCGGGUAUUCGGUUAAGGAUGCGAAGUCAGGUAACGACUAUGAUAGACGAGAGAUGUCAGAUGGAAAUGUGGUGCGCGGAGAAUACAGAGUGCAAUUGCCCGACGGACGGACACAGAUUGUAACAUACCACGCUGACUGGCGGACCGGUUUCCAUGCAGACGUUAGGUAUGAGGGACAGGCGAGAUAUCCUGAUUCAAGCAACCAAGGUUAUAACUACAAUGCGCCAGAUUUUUCCGGAUCGUUAACCGGUUUUCAGAGUAAUGUCGGCUACAAACCAGUUUACGGACCACCCGGCUAUCACUGAACAACGGUCAAAAUGUUUAAAACUGCCGCCAUCACAAAAAAAAACUUCUAUCAACAUUUCAUGACUUUGCUUGUUAUUUUAGUUAUGAAACGGUUUCAAGCCACAGAAUAAGAAAUAAUUCUGUUUGACAGCUAGCAUUGUAAUUGCUCUACUUUUGAUAAUGGACAAUAAUU